UUUGCAGUCAGCUAUGCGGGAGGACGAUAUAAGGACCCCAAAGAAUAAGAUGCACCGGAAAGUUUGAGUGUAAUGUAAACGUUGGAAUUGCCGAAGAAAAUUACAGGUUUUAGACUAUUUCAGGCCCACCAGAGCGGGUAGAAUGAACAACGUGUCACCUGAGGUGGCCCUGCACCGGAUCUCACCUGAGCUGCGACCCUUGCUGUGCAGCCUGGUGAGGAACGGCCGCGUGGGGCUGGACGCCACCAACUGUCUGCGGGUCACGGACCUCAAGACCGGGUGCACAUCUCUGACUGCUGGUCCUUGCUGUGAUCGCUUCAAACUUCACAUCCCCUUUGCUGGACAAACCCUCAAAUGGGACAUCAUUUUCAACGCCCGGUAUCCAGCUCUGCCUCCUGACUUCAUUUUUGGAGAAGACACUGAGUUUCUGCCCGAGCCCUCUGAGCUUCCUCACUUGGUACAGUGGGAUGCUGGGAACCCAGAGAGUUUACUCCAACUGGUGAAGGAGCUCAUCCAGCAGUACCACCUCUACCAGUGCCAGCGUCUGCGGGAGAGCUCCAGGUUGCUUUUCGAGUACGACAGCCUGCUAGAAGAUCCAAGCUACAGCCGCAACAUGGAAAUCUACGCUGGGCUCAAGAACAGCUGGACUGGAGAGUUUUCGGCCCGUUUUCUCCUGAAACUGCCCGUGGACUUCAGCAACAUCCCUGUUUAUCUCCUUAAGGACACAGCAUUGGACCCAGGAGAGGAUGUGGCCCUUCUUUCUGUGAGCUUUGAAGAUGCUGAAGCCACCCAGGUCUUCCCUAAACUGUACCUCUCCCCCAGCAUUGAGCAUGCUCUGGGAGGCUCUUCAGCACUUCAUAUUCCAGCAUUUCCCAGUGGAGGAUGCCUAAUUGAUUAUGUCCCUCAAGUGUGCCAAUUACUCACCAACAAGGUGCAGUAUGUGAUUCAAGGCUACCACAAGAGGAGGGAGUACAUCGCCGCCUUUCUCAGCCACUUUGGGAUGGGCGUGGUGGAGUACGAUGCUGAGGGAUUCACUAAGCUCACCCUUCUCCUCAUGUGGAAAGAUUUCUGCUUUCUGGUGCACGUGGAUCUGCCGCUGUACUUCCCCAGGGACCAGCCCACCCUCACCUUCCAGUCUGUCUACCACUUCACCAGCAGCGGUCAGCUGUACUCCCAGGUGCAGACGUCGUACCCCUACAGCCCGCGGUGGGACGGCAACGAGAUGGCCAAGAGGGCAAAGGUCCACUUCAAGAACUUCAUUCCCCAGUUCCAGGAGGGAGCCUUUGCUAACGGGAAGCUGUAGUUCCCUGUGGCUGGGCGCCUGGAGGCCGGCCACAGGGUUUGUGCACGGCCCACUCUGGCUUUAUCUGAGAGACUUGGUCAGAAAAACAGGCAAUAACCUGCCUCCACUUUAGCAAAGAUGCCCACAAAUGCAGACUUUUCUUUUUUCCUCACUGGAUUUUUAAUGUUUUUUCUUUUUUGCAUCCUUUCUUUUCUUGAACUGUCUGCAGACGUGUUACUGUACAAACAGACGGGUUUAGUCACAAAGGGUUUCUAGCUCAACAUAUUUCCUGUAUUCUUGUUUUUCCUUAAUGUGAAAAAGUCUUUUGGAGAAGCUCUGUGAAGAAAAGCCGACUAGUGUGGCUGUUCCACUUUAAGAUCUGCAGUCAUUUGUGGGUUUGCAUAACAAAUCAAUAUUCAUAUGGUUGUUUUUGUUUGAUUCAUAUUUAAGAAACAUUGUUGCUAUAAAAAUAUUAGUAGGUUUAUUUAAAGGGGUGGAGCAGAUUAAAAAAGGGGGUGUGGCACAAACCUCCCAGUUCUAACACAGCAGACAUGGACGCAACAUACAGAUGUGAAGCAGCAGCAGACCGCCAUGUCAAGUGUUCAUCACUGAAUCACAGGAAACAUGUUCAGCAGAAUUUAGUUCAAAAUGACAUUUAUUUGCUCGAUGGGUCAUUAAAACAUCUCCUGUUCCUGAAA